AUGCGGCAGGACAGGCUGACGGGCUCGCUGCGGCGCGGGGGGCGAUGUCUGAAGCGGCAGAGCUCGGGCGGCGGCGUGGGCACCAUCCUCAGCAACGUCCUCAAGAAGCGCAGCUGCAUCUCCCGGACGGCGCCGCGCCUUCUCUGCACCUUGGAGCCAGGGGUUGAUACAAAAUUGAAAUUCACUCUUGAACCAUCUUUAGGUCAAAAUGGGUUUCAGCAGUGGCAUGAUGCACUCAAAGCAGUGGCCAGAUUGCCGACAGGCAUACCAAAGGAAUGGCGGAGAAAGGUUUGGCUGACCCUAGCUGAUCAGUACUUACACAGUAUAGCCAUUGACUGGGAUAAAACCAUGCGUUUCACAUUCAAUGAAAGAAGUAAUCCUGAUGAUGACUCUAUGGGAAUCCAGAUAGUAAAGGACCUCCACCGAACUGGUUGCAGUUCUUACUGUGGCCAGGAGGCAGAGCAAGAUCGGGUGGUACUAAAACGCGUUUUGCUGGCUUAUGCCAGGUGGAAUAAAUCUGUUGGCUAUUGUCAAGGAUUUAACAUACUAGCUGCCCUUAUUCUGGAAGUAAUGGAGGGCAAUGAAGGGGAUGCUUUGAAAAUCAUGAUUUACCUAAUUGAUAAGGUGCUUCCUGAUAGCUAUUUUGUCAAUAAUCUGCGGGCUCUCUCUGUGGAUAUGGCUGUUUUUCGAGAUCUUUUACGAAUGAAGCUUCCGGAACUGUCCCAGCACUUGGACACCCUGCAAAGAGCUGCUAACAGAGAAAGUGGAGGAGGCUAUGAACCCCCACUUACAAAUGUCUUCACAAUGCAGUGGUUUCUGACCCUCUUUGCCACUUGCCUGCCUAACCAUACAGUUCUGAAGAUCUGGGACUCAGUAUUCUUUGAAGGCUCUGAAAUUAUACUGAGAGUAGCUUUGGCUAUCUGGGCAAAAUUAGGAGAGCAAAUAGAGUGUUGUGAAACUGCAGAUGAAUUUUACAGUACCAUGGGUAAGCUGACCCAGGAGAUGCUGGAAGACAGUCUGAUUGACAGCAAUGAACUCAUGCAGACUGUUUAUACCAUGGCUCAGUUUCCUUUCCCACAACUGGCAGAAUUAAGGGAGAAAUACACGUACAACAUCACUCCUUUCCCUGCAGCAGUAAAAUCAACUUCACUUUCAGGAAGGCUAGGGAGAGCCAAAGACAGCGAUGAAGAGAAUGACCUAGAUGAUGAAGAUUCAAUUGCCAAUGCAAUUGGCUGUCUUGGACCAUUAAGUGGGUUUUUGGCACCAGAACUCCAAAAAUACCAGAAACAGAUGAAAGAUCAGAAUGAAGAACAAAGCCUGGGUUCCAGCAACAUUGCAGAACUAAGUCCAGGAGCCAUAGACUCUUGCCGCAGCGAGUAUCAUGCUGCUUUUAACAGCAUGAUGAUGGAGCGUAUGACCACUGACAUCAAUGCACUGAAAAAGCAAUAUUCCAGGAUAAAGAAGAAGCAGCAACAGCAGGUUCACCAUGUAUAUAUCAGAGCAGACAAAGGGCCAGUUACGAGCCUCCUCCCUUCUCAGGUAAACCAUUCCCCGGUGAUAAACCACCUCCUUUUAGGAAAGAAGAUGAAACUGAAUAACAAGUCUCUCAAAAAUGCUGUUAUUCACAUCCCAAGUUAUGCUACGGGGAAGAUGUCUCCUAUUCCCCAGGAAGAUCUUAAAACAAAACUGAACUCUCCGUGGCGCACUCACAUACGAGUCCACAGGAAGAACAUUGCCAGGGCCAAGGGCCAGCUGGGCUAUGGUGACACCAUAGGCCUGAUAGAUGAGCAGAGCGACAGCUGUAAAACAAAUAGUCCUGGCAGGAAGGAAGAGACUUCCAAACAUUCUGACUUUGAAGAAAGAGAAGGAGGUGGUUUGGAUGAGAGGACUACUCAAGAAGCUGACCGGCAGACGUCUGAGACGGCCUUUACGGGCAGCAGUACAAACAUGGCUGUGGUUCAGCUCAAACUGGAGGCGCUGGAACUCACCUCAGGUAACAAAGCCGACGCUGAGUCAACAUCCCAUCAGUCUGGCAAGCCACGUUCAUCAGAGUCCUCCAGUUCAUCCAGUGACAGCGGAAACCUGCCGAAAUCUCAGCCUGGGAACCCAAAGCCGCAAGUCUUCAAUCCUUUUCCUAGUGUCAAACCUCUUCGAAAAUCAGCUACAGCCAGGAAUUUAGGGCUGUAUGGCCCCACGGAGAGAACCCCAACUGUACACUUCCCACAGAUGAGCAGAAGUUUCAGUAAGUCUGGCAGUGGCAACAGCGGGACCAGGAAACGAUGA